AUGGAUGAAAAGCAACGAGAACAAGCUAAAAUCGAUCCGAACGUCAAAUUUGCUGAAAGUUUGAAGACAAUACAAUUUGAAGUUAUCCAAAAUUUGUCAUCGCAACAAUCCCCUUCGUCAACUCAAACACCUGAACAAAUCGAGGCAACUUUAACUAACCUUAAAAGAUAUAAUCUCACCAAAUCAGAAAAAUUACAGCUUAUUAAUUUAAGACCUCAAAGUAUUGCUGAAUUGGAAUUGAUUAUAGAAGAUUGUGAAGAUCGAUUUGAGAUGGAUACUCUUAGGGAAAUGAUUUAUAUAGUAGGAUCGAAGUUGCCAAUGCCUGGUAAGGUUGUUCGUCGCUUGGAAAGUGGAACUGAGGCUCUAGACGAUGACCGAUAG